GAUUUUAUUGCGGAAGCGAUUACUUUUCUCUCGCAGCUAGCAGGCAGGCAUUAUUUGCUUAAAACAAAUACUUUCGCAAAUAUUUAUACAGUACAAAACAUCGUCAACUCAAUAACAUCGACUUGAGAAGCGAAAACAAUUGAUUGACUUCAUAACAAGAAGACUGCGAAAACUGUCUAAACGGGUGUGUGUGACGCGUCUCUUCCUACAUUCAGAUCCUAUCGUGUUGACGAUCAAGGAUUGCUUUCACAGUCGCUAACUACGGGUUUUGACACUUUGCCUGCUAGUCAGUCGGGAUGAAGCCUGGAGUAGGGGCAUGUCAGGACCCCUGUCAGGGUGGUCCGGGGGUGGGUGACAGGGGGGACGACACCCUGGUGUCUCUGCCCCCUAAAGACACCCCCGGCUCCCCCACAGGGUCACCCUCAGAGUUGGGAAGCCCUGGCCCCCGCCAGGUCGCGACCUUUGACCUGCUCAAGAUGGUGGUGUCUUACAAGAGGAUGGCGCUGUUUCUGGAGCCGCUCACUGAUACGUUGGAGCUGGCCCGCUACCUACUGGGGUGGAGGAUGCCUCUGUGCUCACUACUGGUCUGUGUACUGCUCAACAUCCUCUUCCUCACUCUGAGUGAAGUGGGGUGGUUCUCUGUGUGUGUUCUGGGGGUGUCUGCCCCGGCUGCCCUGGGUUACCUGCAGGACAGGUGUGGGGGCGGGGCUUCGGAGGCGGAGCAACAGAAGAGGCGGUGCCACGCGGUGCAUCGUAAGGACCUGCAGAACGUUCAGCUCACCAGACAGGACGCCAUGCUGGAAGUCAAGGACCUGUUAAAGCAGCUAGAUGACCUGUUGUCUCAUGCCUGCCUGUCUGCUGAGUCUGUCUACAAGCUCCUGUACUGGGAGAGCCACUCUGAGUCCUCCAGGUUCUAUGGUGGCCUGUUAGCUGUAUUGAUGCUGCUGUAUUCUGUUCCUGUGUGCUGGGUGCUGGCCUGUCUCACUACUGCCCUCUUCCUGUGGAACCGAGACUUCUGCAGGGUUGUGUUAGACCUAAGGGAGGUGGUCCAGUCUGGCCAGAACCCAUCCUCAGAAGGAGAGAUGGACCACACAGAACCGGACUGCGGCAGCCUGGACCGGACUCCCACUGCUAGCAGCUUGGAGGACCUGUCCCCGGGCAGCGUAGAGGAGGCUGAGGAGGCAGAGCCUGAUGAUGAGUUCAAAGAUGCCAUCGAGGAGGAUGAUGACACAACUUCAGAUUUGGACACCAUCUCCAUCACCUCAGACAACGGUCUGCUGAGUCGCAACGAGCCAAUCCGCAGUAAGGUGUCCAAACUGACGGAGAAGCUACGCAAACGCUACCCCACCAACAACACAGGUAACUGUUCCAGCUGCAGUGCUGUCUUCUCAGUGGUGAAGAGAAGGCGGAGCUGUAGUAACUGUGGCAACAGCUUCUGCUCCAGAUGCUGCUCCUACAAGGUCCUCAAGGCAUGCAUGGGUGUCACAGCUCCAGAUGCCCAGAGAGAGACAGUGUUUGUUUGUGCUGUCUGCAACUCCACCCUCAGCAAGUGAGAAAUGACUACCCCCUCCUACCCACUCAUGGAGACCCAGGGAUGGUACUGCCCCUCCUACCCAGGAUUCGAAGCUCCUUGGCUGGGUAGAGCCCGCGGCAGAUCAGCCUCUAGCCCCCCCUGGGGGUGGUUCAAAACCCCAGGUUGUCUGGUUCUCUGGCUCUAGCCCAGGUGACAAGGGUUAUUAAGAUGAACCAGUCCCAAAUGGCAACCUAUUCCCUAUAAAUUACACUGCUUUUGCCCAGAGCCCUAUGGGAUUCCCUAUAGGCUCUGGUCUACAGUAGUGGACUAUAUAGGGUGUCAUUUUGGACGCUCCCCCAGACUCCCAUCAGCUUGUGUUGCAUUGAGAUUUAUCCUGUACUGUCAUGGAGGUCCUGAGAAUGCUGAGGGGUGUGGGUGUGGGUGGGUGUGUGUGUGUGUGUGUGUGUGUGUGUGUGUGUGUGUGUGUGUGUGUGUGUGUGUGUGGCUGCGUAUUUGGAUUGUAUAAGAUAUGCUAUAGAUUGACCCUGUUAUAACUUAUCCAUUAUGUAAUGGUUUUAUAUGUUGGUCCUAAUGUUAAUUUAAUGGAUGUAAAGACAGGAUGCUAAAUGGCAUACCCUAAUCCCCAUGGAGCAUAACCUAACCCCAUGGAGUGAUUUCCAGAGGGAACCCAGAGCUGUGUUCAAAUACUCAUACUAGCUGUACUAUUUGUGAUGUAAAUUGAGUAUGUAGUAUACUUAUUGGUCAUAGUAUGCCAAAAGUUCCUGGAUGUCGUACUAAAUUCACCAAAAUACGAAGUAUACAAGCAGUGGACACUAUUUCUGUGCUUUUAGGAACCAUAAUGCGAUUCUUCAGAAAAUGGGCGUGGCUUCACCAACAUUUUCAGAUUUGAGGAAAAUGGCCGACGAGAGCAGAUACAAAUGAAUUGCUUUAAGAAAAUGUUGAGCAAUGUAAUAAAGUAAUGACUUUUCAAAUAAGUUAAACGUUAUGUUGGCUGACAAUUUAUUAGCUACGCUGUCCUUACGAACCGCAGCAGUAUGUACCGGUCUGUUAGCUAGCUACCUAACGUUAGUUGGCUACUAAUACAUUGAACUUGCCAGGCAGUAUAUUAACUAUCUAGCUAACCACCCAAUGUAUAUUGACUUGAUUAUUCACAUCAUUCUUAGCUAAGUGGUAGAGUCCUUGUGCGUUCUCAAUGGACAUUGUUAAUUCUGGCUAUCUACUCUGAUUUCAGAGCAUCUCUCAUCUGUUGUGCCAGUGCACAGAAUAGCUGAAUAAAACGCGUUGAAUAUGGCCGGUGUCAGUAAGCGUUGGCAACAAAAAAAAAGCGUAAUUAAAUUGUUGCCUGCAGCACAGUUAGUCACCAACACUCUGCAAAAAAUGAAAACAGCCUAACCAGCUCUGCUAGGGCGAGUAAAAUGGUCAGAGUGAGGGUUUCUCAUUUGUGAAUGGAGGUAGCUAGCCAGUUCGCUUGGGUGCUUGACUGCCUAACCAGCUCUACUAGGGCAAGUAAAAUGGUCAGAGUGAGGGUUUCUCAUUUGUGAAUGGAGGUAGCUAGCCAGUUAGCUUGGGAGCUUGACUGCCAUUGUGAGGACAGAACGCUCGGAUCAACCCUACUCCUUGGCCAGAGCGUCUAGUCUGGGCUCCGAGACCGAAACGCUCUGAAUUUACGAACGGACAAUCUGACAACUCUCUGGAUUUACGAACGCCCAGAGCGCAUUCUGAGCGCUCUCUUGCACUCCAUGGGUGAAUUUACGAACGCACCCCGUAUUGAAUUUACGGACACAGCCGAAAUCUUAAAAUGUCUAGCUAGUCAUUUGUUAUGCUAACAAGCUAGCAAGAGGUUGCAUAGCAACAGCAUCAAUUUCGGGUAGACCGGCAAAGUGCUAGUACUCAACUGAGAGGAUACCCUUCGUUUACAGUAUUCUAAAAUGAACUAAUAGUAUGUAGUAUAUACUCAUUAAGUAUGUAGUAUACAGGAUGUUGGUAUGAGUAUUUGAACACAGCACAGGUUUUAGAUUGACACAUAAGAAUGUACAUGUUACACUUUUACCAUUGUGAUCACCUAUAUUCAAUCCACUGAAAGUUUUAUUUAUCCAAUUUAUUGAUUGAUUCAUUUGAUUGAUUAUCUUGACAGAAUGGAGGAUUUUGUUUCCUCUUCAUUGCUUCAAUAAACUAAUGUGAUUUUGAAUGUUUGAAA